AUGGAUAUAAACGAGAAUAUUACUUUACAUGUUAUAGAAAAAUUGAGAAGGAUAAUCAUGCGAGAAUCACUAUUUUACUUACUCACCCACUCUGUGAGCGAACAAGACCAUUGGAAAAAUUCCUAUUUUUUGCCCAAAAACCCGCCCUCCGCGAGCGAACAAAAAUUUUUUUGAAAAAAAUACUCUGAUAUAUAAGUGAUAAUUAUUAUAAUGAAAUCUCAAGUUAAUUCUGUUCAAUUUUGAACAAAUUGCGUUUUAAACAUAAAUUUUGCGAAUUAAAAAUUUUACUUCUCAAUUUUUUCGGAUUGGAAUUUUUUUAAAUUUUGAAAAAAUAAAAAUUUAUAAAAAAAAAAAUUUAAACCCUCAUUGAAUAAACAAUUUUUUUUAUUCACGUAUGAUGGGGGGUGAGUUAGGAUUUUUUGCUGCAUUUUCGAUAUUUUUCACUUGUUUGCUCCAAAAAGAGAUUUUAUUGCUUUAUCUAAUUAUAUUCUCCCCAAUUUUUAUUUUAGGUAUAGUUGGCUUUAGGGUAUCUAAAACAGAAAAUAUUUUGAGAAUAUCAUUAUUUGGAAUCUAUGUUAGAGUACUCAAAUAUAUCACGAUAUUUAUAUCUUAUAAUAUUAUUUAGGCACAAUUUUUAUUUUAAAAAAAAUAAAAAUUUUAAAAUAAAUGUUUCCAAUAAGUUAAAAUUAAUAGAUUUAUUAUACUAGGAUUAUGUCUUGAGUUUUUAAGAUUUAUUUCUAGGGAUCAUCAUUAUGCAAGUGAGUGGGAGAUCUCAAUAAGCCCUCAAGGGAAAACUGUCAAUCCUUGUCUCAUAAUGGGAUAUUUUUUUGGAUUAUUUUGCCUCUCUCAUAUCACUGAUACUCAUGUUUCAGCUUUAAAAACAAUGAUCCUACAAAUGCCACCAGUUUCUGAUCCUAUAAUCCAAGAGUCUUCAGAAAGCACUGCACAAUAUAUCCAAAUGCAACCAUACCCAUCAGAAUCGUAG